UGCGAUUGCAAUGAUGCAUCAUCGCGUGAUGAUCGAAUGGAAAGUGAAUGGUAAAGGUGUAAUUUGUCGUGAGGAAUAAUAUCGGGAGGGCAGACUCGGAUGACGCUAGGACGUCACGGGGGUCGCGACGACCACCGGCGGCAUCAUGGCGUGUAUCAGGGCGCCAAGAUCCGUGCGCGGUUCUAUCGACGACAUCAAGGCCGAGUCCACGCGUAAUGUUGUGCAGAUCUAUACAGAUUGGGCUAAUUAUUAUUUGGAACGAGGGGGUUGCAAGAAAAGAGUGACCGAUCUCCAGGCUGAUCUCUGCGACGGUGUCCUGUUAGCUGACUUAGUGGAGGCUGUCACUAAUCAAAAAGUGAUCGACGUAAAUCGAAAGCCGAAAAGCGCCCAACAAAUGGUUGAAAACGUGAGUUUGUGCGUGGGAGCACUGCGGGCUCUGGGGGCGGAUGUAGGUGCUGUGAACCCGGGUGAAUUGGCAGCAGGAUCAACCCUGUGGCCGGUACUGGCUUUGCUCUUCGCCCUGUCACGCUACAAACAGCGAGCCAAGCAGCUACAGGAUAUGCCCAGAUUGCCGUCGCCCUAUAACAAACAGUCGUCGGGAGUUGGCGGUGCUGGCGGUGGUCCUGGGGGUGGUACAAGCAUACCCUUGCCCGCGACCGUUGCCGCUACCAGGAGAUGCCCUCCGGACAAAGUCAGACCGGCUCCGGCACCAACACAUCAAUCACAACUCGGUGGUCUAAAACACGGGAAUGGUGGCGUGGGUAGCGCGAGCAGUUCUAGAAGCACUAGCCCGAGUCAACAACAACCGUCUCAGGGUGGUCUUUCAUUUAUUCCGCAACCUAGAAGUCAGAAUCCGAAUCGACAACCCACAGCCACUACGCCGAGCCCUCGAGCGUCCACAGUAGGUCGACCAAAUGGAGGUUUGAGGACCCAACAACAAGCCUUACCGUAUUCUGGAAAUACUGUCCCAGCACCUCAGCCAAAUAAGAAUUCUGUAUUGGAUAAGUUUAAACUUUUCAAUAAUAAAGAUAAAAAUCAAGAACGAGGAAAGACUUCAUCGGGAGUUUCAAAACGCACUUCCAGUUCUUCCGGAUUUUCUUCAGCUCGAUCUGAACAUUCAGACAGCUCAACUUCCUUGUGUGAUCAAAGUAAAGCCCAAGCUCAGGAAUCGCCAAAAAGUCGAGCGUUGAAAUCAAAACUGCAAUCGGCUAAACCAGCAAAGCAGGCCAGUCCAAAAACAAGCAGAAAGGAGCAAAGCAAGGCCCAAAGUAAGAUUGCGCGCACGAGCAAAGGUCCGCCAAGCUCCUCGGAGAAACUAACAACACUCUAUAAUAAUCCGGUUGUAGAUCAAGAUGUUAAAAUUGCUAGUAAAGCUAUCAGCACCAAAAUAUCAAGUGACAGGAAAACAUCGACUCUUCAGGAACUGGUAAAGCAACCGGUAGUGCAACCUCCUAAACCAAAUCCUUCCGUCCUAACGCCACCUAGACAAAUUAAUCUUCAAGAUACCAAAAACGUGAACUUGAAGAACGAACUUACAGCAACGAAACUUUCACCCCGACCCAAAAUGGAGCUUCCAGGCAAGAUAUCGGAUCCAAAAAUUUAUUUACAAAGUGUAAAACCACCGCCGAAUGGUCUGAACAAAGAUUUUAUGAUGCAGAAAGCUAUUCUGGCAAAUACCAACGGUAUUAUUAAGCCAUCCGAAACGGGGGAGACUCUUGUUCAUGAGAACGAUACUUUUAAUCGCACUCUAAGCAUGAAUCAGGCAAACCUAUCAGAUGGCAAGGAUCUUACGGCAAAACAAAAAGAACCAGAAGUGUUAGAAGUUAAUCGCGAACAGCAAUCGGAGAUGGAAAGUUUUGGUUCAUCGAAGACUCGAGUAUCAAGUCAGGAGAAGGUUAUUUGUGAAGAAGAAAUAGAAUCUAUCGAAACUUCCAAUAACGAUAAACAAGAUUCUAUGACAAUUAAUUGUGUUAACUCAGUAGCUGAUGAAAAGACUGAAGACGGACUAACGAGUAUAUCCACGCAAAACAAUCUGAACUUUGGGUCCAGUAAACCGUUAGCAAGUUCGAAUAGUCCUCUUCACGGUCCGAACCCGGCCGGGCUUAGUCCGGGUUCCAGCAUCCCGAAACCUACUGCUCUUGUGAAAGGCACAUCGAAACCAUCGAAAGACAAUAGCACGCUCAGCGGAAUGCCAACGCCGACAAAGCCGAAGAGCGGCGAUACUCUUCAUCGCAAACUCGAUCCUAAUACAGUAGCGAUGGUGUCACCGAUGCCGAGUAUUUCGGAUCUUAUGUCCGACAGCUCGCAUAGCAAUUCUAACAGCACCGGGCAGAGUAAUUCGAGCGAUAGUAGUGUGAUUUAUAGGCCAAGCAGUGAGAGCGGUAGCGAAAUUAAAACGAUUCCUAACCGGAAGAUCGACACUACGUUUGAACAAAUGGAAAAGGUGCUGUCGGAAAAUUCGACGUGCGGUGGUGCUCUAGCAGACGAUGAAGCCGAGAUGACUGUAAAACCUAUGCAACCUCUCCUGCGCGGGUACACGCCUGGGGCCCGGGGCUUACAAACUCUACCGAGCCGUACUACGGCACGACAGUACACCGUCUUGCAUUCAUCGUCGCAUCAUCAUGUUGGUAAUCACCACGAUUACGCCGACGUAGACGUCGCUUCUGGUUAUCUGAGCGACGGUGAAGUGCUGCGUGGAGGUGGCAUGAGUGUUGGCAGUAGAACUCUUUCGGAUCUAUGCGACGGAUACAUGUCUGAGGGCGGCGCAUCCCUAUACGCUCGCAGGAUCAAUCCUUCUUAUGGAAGGAUUGAUCACGAUCAUGACAGAUACGUAGGUGGCUCGCGGCGAGAGCUGUCGGGGGUGAAGGAACUGGUGACCUCGAGGCGGGUGCAGAAGAAUCGGCCGUCGGGGAUCGCGAGGUCGGAUGGCGGCUGCAUCGGGGGCGUCAGUCCGGGAAGCGGUGGCAGCGGCGGUGGCAGCGGCGGCAGAGUGCCUGGCGGAGGGGGUGUGAUUGUGGGGGGUGGCGGAGGAUCGGCCACCCCCCAAGGGGCGCAGCAGAGUAACAGUCACAAUCUAGUGUACCGCGUGGUGGGUUCACGUGGACAUCCUGGUGGUCAUCAUCCGCAUGUGAAAAAGUCCGACAGCUCUCAGCAGACCGAGAGCUCGGCUUUUAAGCAUCAGCAGCACCAGCAACAACAGCAGCAGCAAAGCUCAAACGGCUCUAGCAGCAGUAUCAGUUCCAACAGUCAACAAUGGAAGAAGUACAUCGAAGCUGGUGCCGCAAGAGAGAGAGACAAGGAGGGCGCACCACCCAGCCCUAGUCCUUCUAGAAGGUCGCAGGAUAAACAUCGGAAACAGACUAUGGCAGAAUAUGCGAAUGGUGAGAAACCUCAAAAGGUUUCGUCGGGCACAUCAACCAGCAACAGUAGCAAAGUUCGUGGGGUACCACAAAGCUUUGGCUAUGUUAAGAGACACAGUGCGGGCACUAGUUCGAGUCCCAAUGGUGUCCAAAAUGGCAGCAAAGAUGCUACCAGAACGGCUCAAGUUAGCGCCGUACCAAGGACUAAGGUCAAGGUAUCCGGUGGUACACAAACAUGCACCACGGAAUUGCAAGCGAAUUCCUCGGGAUCAAAUCAGGGUCAUCACUACAAGAGCUACAGUCUCACCGGUCCCAGCGCUAGUCAACUUUCACAGUCAGUUAGAGAUCGUCUCAUGCUGGGCUCACAAAGCCUGCCAAAACCCGGCAGUCCAGAAUUCACCGCUCUUUUUGCGUCUGCCCAUCAUCGCGAGAGAGGAGCUGGCGUUGGACCAACGAGCGCGUCAUUUUCGCCCCGGGUAUUAAAACCAUCUGAUGGUAGUCUCAGCGACACAUGCAGUAAUUACGCCGCACCUGAUCUUCAGGGCUACUAUGGCACACCCAAUAGUCCCUAUACCACUUCAUGGAUGAGACAUAGCAAUACUUAUACGCCCAGCGGAAGAUCUCAAGGAAUGGGUUUGUGCGAAGCAGAUAGCGUGGAAUCAUUGGGCUCGCAUCGUGCGAGUUUGACACAUGCCCGUCUCCUAAUGCACCAGAGAGAUUCUACAGGAUCCCCGGCGCCACCCAGAUUGAAUAGGAGCAACUCCAUCAGGUCCACUAAGAGCGAGAAGAUGUACCCGUCAAUGUUGGCACGCGGAAGCGGCGCCUCAUCGUCGGUGGGUGAGGAGGUCGGGAUGGGUAUGGGAGUUGGAGUCGAGCCAUAUUACAGCGUUCCUGUGGGAUCGGCGGGAUGCACCGGCCAACAUUGGUCUCAGCCAACGUCACCGACGCCCACGCACACCUCACGGCAGCCACCUAACUUGUACCAGCACGUACAUAAGGACGACGACAUUCAUGGUUCUUCGGUAUCCUUGGUGUCCACCACGAGCAGUCUUUAUAGUUCAGCUGAGGAGAAGCAGGCGCAUGAAUUGAGAAAAUUGCGUCGUGAAUUACUGGACGCUCAGGAGAAGGUGCAUUCGUUAACCAGUCAACUGUCUACAAAUGCACAUGUGGUCUCAGCUUUUGAGCAAUCACUGUCCAAUAUGACUCAGAGAUUGCAGCAACUCACAGCUACAGCCGAAAAAAAGGAUUCUGAGCUUCAGGAACUACGAGAAACGAUCGAGAGACUGCGCAAGCAGAGUGCCGAAGCUGGAUUGAACAACGGUCCAACUGCGAACAGUGGUCGGCGUCAUACUUUAGGUGACUCCGAAUCCGGUACCACCGGCUGCACCGGCAGUAGCAGUAGCAACAAUCAUCAAGGCGCAUCAAUGGCAAGACAGCUAUCCGCGGAUAGCGUGACGUCUCUGAACUCGUUAAGCAGCGCCUGCUCGGCCAGCAGCAGUCAUCAUAAAAAGAAGGGCUGGCUACGGAGCUCCUUCUCCAAGGCCUUCUCGAGGUCGCGCAAAAACCGGCAUGGUUCGGUUUCUGACGCGGAGGACUGCAAGGAGAGCCCUGGUGGUGAUCUGAGCGCUCCCAACAGUCCUAGACUGCCAACCGCAUCCAAACACGAGUCUUCGAGAGCACAAACCGUGAGGAGCAACGGUCAGAAAUCUCCCGAUCAUGAGAAUCCUUUGUCUGGAAGCAAGAGCAGCUCAGCAUUGUACAAGAAAGAGGAUGAAGAUGUGGAUGAAUUGAAGAAACAAUUGAGGGAGAAGGAUUUAGUGCUCACAGAUAUCAGAUUGGAAGCAUUAUCUUCAGCACAUCAGCUGGAGUCUUUAAAGGACACGGUCAUCAAGAUGAGGUACGAGAUGCUAAACUUGAAGCAGAAUAAUGAGCGUCUCCAACGACUAGUGACCUCAAAGUCGCUCACUUCCUCGCAGUCCUCUCUACCCAGUGACCCAGAUCGACGCUUCAGCAUGACUGAGGUGGCGUCGAGUGUCGCAGCAUUGUCGAACGGCGACGUCAGUUCCACGGCCGAUCAACUGGAAGAUCUUAACGUCCCGGUCGAACACUCCGUUGUGCCAUCGAGCGCAACAACUACAGAACCAGUUCUCGAGCAAGACACUGACGGCAAGAGAAUCAAUGUGGCCGUUUAUCUCGGCAGUGAGCGAAAUUUUAACUAUAAUUUGAUUACCGGGAGCUGCGCCGAUGGCACCAUAGGCGAGCCACCACAUUGCGUAAUUGCCAAUGUGUGCAUCAGCAAUAAAACCAGCUGGGACGCACUGGAUUCUAUGGUGAGACGUUGCUUCAAGGAGUACGUUUCCCGAGUGGACCCUGUGACGAAUCUGGGUCUUGGCGUCGAAUGUGUCGCCGCGUAUCAUCUCGGAGAAGCUUCCAGAUGCACUACUGAUUCUCAGCAUCCUGAGUUAUUACCCUGCGGCUAUCUAGUCGGCCACGUGAAAACUAUUUAUCUAGUGCUGUCAGGUUAUUCCUGGCUAGCGGUGGAUACCUUGAUACCGCGUUCCAUCGUUCAGCGACUGAUCUCUCUUCUGACGGAACAUCGUAGAGUGAUUUUAUGCGGUCCAAGUGGUACAGGGAAGAGUUACUUAGCUGGAAAACUGGCGCACGCUCUAGUAGAUACUGACAAUGACACGAAGGAUGCUGCUGCCGUUGCGACUUUCAAUGUCGAUCAUAAGUCCAGCAAGGAAUUGCGCCAGUAUCUCGCGCACAUCGCUGAAAGGUGCGAUUCGAACGCCGCUGAUGAACUACCUAGGGUGAUUAUUUUGGAAAACCUUCAACACGCAGCAUCUCUGGGCGAACUCUUCAGCGGACUCUUAGGAACUAGACAUUCAUCGUGUCCUGCUAUUAUCGGUACCAUGAGUCAGACCACUUGUAGUACUACCAACUUGCAGUUGCAUCAUAAUUUCAGGUGGGUAUUAUGUGCAAAUCACAUGGAACCAGUCAAGGGAUUUCUAGGACGUUAUUUGAGAAGGAAAUUACUGGAGCACGAACUACGCGAAUGCGCCGGGACAAGAAACGCGGAAAUGGCAGCAGUAGUCGAGUGGCUGCCGCGUGUAUGGCUGCAUCUUAACAAGUUCCUAGAAACCCAUAGUAGCUCUGACGUCACCAUAGGACCGCGGCUGUUUUUAUCGUGUCCAAUGGAAGUGGCUGGAUCUCAAGUGUGGUUUACCGAUCUGUGGAACUAUUCGGUAAUACCUUAUUUAGUGGAAGCGGUCAGAGAAGGAUUGACGCUAUACGGAAGACGCGUAAGCGGGAACGGAAAUGGCGAAUCGGCAUGGGAAGAUCCAGCGCAAUUCAUCACAUCGAGCUAUCCAUGGCUUUCGACGCAUGCCGUGCACGGCGGCAGCGAUGCUCUUCUACGUCUGAGACCCGAAGACGUGGGAUAUGAUGUCGUCUCCAGCGGGCACACUUCCGGUGUAGGCGCCUCCAGCGUAAAGAGCCUUGGAAGUACUCAUAGUGAUACCGAAGGAGAUCCUCUGCUUAACAUGCUAAUGAGGCUUCAGGAAGCAGCUAAUUACUCAAGUCCACAUAGUAACGACAGCGACUCGGUGACGUCUCUUGAUUCAUCACAUACUCGUCAUUCAGAGGAUUUGAGCAGUUCGACAUCUUCGUCAAGAGGAGUAGAAUCGGCACUCUAA